GAGGAGAAGCAGCAGCACUUUGAGAACCUGGAUGUUCAGCUGAGGAAACUUCACGUCAGUGUGGAGUCUCUGGUUUGUCACAGAAAAGAGCUCUCUGUGAACACGGCGCAGUUCGCCAAGUCGGCAGCCAUGUUGGGGAACAGCGAGGACCACACGGCGCUCUCUCGAGCUCUGUCCCAGCUCGCUGAGGUGGAGGAGAAGAUCGACCAGCUGCACCAGGACCAGUCCAACGCAGACUUCUACGUCUUCUCCGAGCUACUGGGCGACUAUGUCCGCCUCAUCACCGCCGUCAAGGGCGUGUUCGACCACCGGAUGAAGACGUGGCAGAAGUGGCAGGACAGUCAGAUGCUGCUGCAGAAGAAACGAGAGGCUGAAGCCAAACUUCAGUUCACCAACAAACCAGAUAAACUGCAGCAGGCGAAGGACGAGAUCAAAGAGGUGAGACGAGGGGGGGGGGCAGAACAGUAAUAGAUAAACAUCAGC